GCCCCUGUAAGGAGUUAAAAGAGUCCCCCUCUUAGUAGUAAGCGUCGGUACAGAGAGAGAGGGAGGGUGAGAGAGAGUGAGGGAGAAGGGAGGUGGGGAGGAACAGGUUCUCCUCAAUCCGUGUCAGUGGUAGCUGAAGAGAUUGAGGGAAGGAAUUCAAGGAAAGGGGAAGAAGAAAGGGAAGGAAAUCGAAAGGUGGUGGGAAGGAGUUAGGUUUUACUCGUGCUGCUGUUGGUGCAGGCGACAAUGUCGACAUCGAGCAGCGGGCUGACCUUCAAGCUGCACCCGCUGGUGAUCGUGAACAUCUCCGAUCACUACACGCGCGUUAAGUCGCAGAGUGCAGCGCAGGGAAACGCCGCCCCGAGGGUGUUCGGGUGCGUCAUCGGCGUCCAAAGGGGCCGCACCGUCGAGAUCUUCAACAGCUUCGAGCUUCUUUACGACGCCUCCACCGAAACCCUUGACCGGGCCUUCCUCGACAAGAAGCAGGAGCAAUAUAAAAAGGUUUUCCCAAACUAUUAUAUACUCGGUUGGUACUCAACUGGAAGCGAUGCACAAGAAAGUGAUAUGCAAAUUCACAAAGCUCUGAUGGAUAUCAACGAAAGUCCAGUGUAUGUGGUUUUAAAUCCUGCGAUUAAUCAUGCCCAAAAGGACUUGCCCAUAAUCAUAUACGAGAGUGAAUUGCAUGUCAUAGAUGGUAUUCCCCAGUUGAUCUUUGUCAGAUCAAAUUACACUAUCGAGACUGUAGAGGCGGAGAGAAUAUCGGUGGAUCAUGUUGCACAUCUUAAGCCUUCUGAUGGAGGAUCUGCUGCAACUCAAUUGGCAGCUCAUCUUACCGGCAUUCAUAGCGCCAUCAAAAUGUUGAAUGGCAGAGUCAGGAUUCUUCAUCAUUUCCUUGUGGCUAUGCAAAAAGGUGAGAUUCCAUAUGAGAACUCAUUACUACGACAAGUUUCAAGUCUUCUUAGAAGAUUGCCUGCUAUUGAGUCAGAAAAAUUUCAAGACGACUUCCUCAUGGAAUAUAAUGACACACUUCUGAUGACUUACCUUGCUAUGGUCACCAACUGUUCAAGCAUUAUGAAUGAGUUUGUCGACAAGUUCAAUACAGCAUAUGACAAACAGGGUAGGCGAGGAGGUCGGACGCCUUUCUUUUAGUUAUUGAUGCAAAAAUAACUGAAGAGCUUCACUUAGUCGAUGGCCUUUUCAUGUACCGCCUAUAGAUCUUUCCAAUGCUCUCUCAUGAACCAGGGGAUGAAGCGGCUGCAUUGUGCGUCAGAUACUGGCUAUGAUCGAGCAACAGUCCUCGUGUUCGAUUUUCUCACCUUUCCUUAUAAAUUUUGUGAAGGAACCUCAGUGCAAUUACCAUCGUUAAAAUCUCCUAACAGGAUAUUUCUCUCAUUUUUAUUCUACAGUACUGAAAUGUUUAUUUUGAUCAUUUAUUCUGAUUCAGGUACUCCUCUGUUGUCGCA